AAAGGACGUCUGCGCACUAAGGCACUCGGAUCCAAGUUUGGAGCUUUUAGCUGCCAGUCCUGGCCCAUCAUGUAGGUGCAGCAGAGCCUUCCUUACCAUUGCAAUAGGGGGUGAAAACCCACUUUGCAAUCUGUUUUGCAAGGUGUGCAAUUGCAGUUCCUUCCUCUGCAAGGAGAUCUGCUGCAGGGAGUCAGAAAAACUCCAGUUGCAUGAAGACUGAGCGCUUGCAGUUUUCAUCUUUGUUGCAAAACUAGCUACUGAAGAGAGAAGGCAAAGUCUUUUGUGUUCCCCUCCCCCAUCAAAGCAGAGGGGAAAAUGUCUCAGCCGAGAGGCAGGAAGAAAAACCCAGGGCUGAAAAUUCCUAAAGAAGCAUUUGAACAACCACAGACGAGCUCUACGCCACCUAGAGAUUUGGACUCCAAAGCCUGCAUCUCCAUUGGCGACAAGAACUUUGAAGUCAAAGCUGAUGACCUGGAGCCGAUAUCAGAACUGGGCCGCGGUGCAUAUGGCGUGGUAGAGAUGAUGCGGCACAUGCCCAGUGGGCAAAUUAUGGCCGUGAAGCGAAUCCGAGCGACAGUGAACAGCCAGGAGCAGAAGAGACUGCUGAUGGACCUGGAUAUCUCCAUGAGGACAGUAGACUGCCACUUCACCGUAACUUUCUACGGUGCGCUGUUUCGUGAGGGAGAUGUUUGGAUUUGCAUGGAAUUGAUGGACACUUCACUGGACAAGUUCUACAAGCAAGUCAUUGACAAAGGCUUGACGAUUCCUGAGGACAUCUUAGGAAAAAUAGCCGUCUCAAUUGUGAAAGCGUUAGAGCACCUACACAGUAAGCUGUCUGUAAUUCACCGAGAUGUCAAGCCCUCAAACGUACUGAUCAACACACUGGGACAGGUGAAAAUGUGUGACUUUGGAAUCAGCGGUUACCUCGUUGACUCCGUGGCCAAGACGAUGGAUGCUGGCUGCAAGCCUUACAUGGCACCUGAAAGAAUCAACCCAGAAUUAAACCAAAAGGGAUACAGCGUCAAAUCCGAUAUUUGGAGUCUGGGAAUCACUAUGAUUGAACUGGCCAUUUUGCGGUUUCCAUACGAGUCCUGGGGGACGCCAUUCCAGCAGCUCAAACAGGUGGUGGAAGAGCCAUCGCCUCAGCUCCCAGACACCUUCUCUGCAGAGUUUGUUGAUUUUACCUCACAGUGCUUGAAGAAGAAUUCCAAAGAGAGGCCAACAUACCCUGAACUAAUGAAACACAGUUUCUUCACCCUGCACGAAUCCAAAGAGACAGACGUGGCUUCUUUUGUCAAACUCAUCCUGGGGAACUGAGAAAUGGACUUGUACAUGAUUUUACCCUUCUGUGGACUGGUGGGCUUUAGGAGGAGGGGCACAUGGCAGGGCAGCCCUCAUCGGAGAACCAGUAGGAGAACCUGCCACUGGCCAAUUUUUGUUUUUUUUAAUUAUUAUUAUUAUUAAUAAUAUUAUUAUUAUUGCUAAAGUCCUAUCAUCAUCCUCUUGAAGGUUUUUAUUUUUAUUUUUUAAAGGGUUCCUUGGUAACCAUAGUAACUUAGAAUGAACUGGUUAGUGAAAUGAAUUUUAAUAAGGUUGUCAACUGUAAACGAACAAAAAUUUAAAAGAGUGAUUGAAAUGACGACACUCGCAAGUUCUGUUAGCGUCGCCUCAGUCCCACCCCCCCUCAUGUUCCCUGUCAGACCAGAUUUGCUUUCGUUUAUGGUAAUAGGUGCUACGGUAGUUAUGAAGUUCUAUAUGUAGAGUUAUAUUUUGUCCCUACCAUUGUUUUAAUAUUUAUGUUAAGUGCUUGAUUUUAAUAGAACCUUUUUUUUUUUUUUUGGUUCUUAUGUGAGAGUUGGAAGGUGGGGGGUGAUGACAGCUGCAACAGCUAAAGCUACAAAGAUUAGCAUUUAUAGGGCUUUGCUGGGAAACGGAGGAGGAGAAAGCAUGGGCCAUAUAGAUAAAUAUUAUAUAUAUGUAUAGGUUGGAAGACUAAUUUAAUUUCAAUGAAGAGUUUGGCUUCUAUGUUAGGCAGCCCGCUGAUGCCUGAGAAGGCUUGCAUCCUUCUUUAGGAGGUGCCCAGAGACGGCAUUGUUCUUGCACAAACAUCAUGAGGAUGCAAAAACAUUGCUGUGGUGGCUUCUUAUUCCAUUGCUUUGGUUAUGCCUCCAAUGAAUAAUUAGAUUCUGAAGUGCAGGAUAUAUAUCUAUAUACAUCUCACACAUUAACUGUUGACUAAGCAAUGGUGAAUCAAUCACCUUAUGACCUACAGCCAGUGCCCUCUCAGUUGGCUGUAAGUCAUGGGCCAAUGCAUUUGACUGAAGAGAAGGUGAUGCCCUGAAGAAAAAUGGAACUUAGAAAGGAGCAGCUCUCGAUGAGGAUGCAAAAGCUGGGGUCAGGGGCCAGUCAGUUUUGUACUACUCGUUUUUAUACUGGCAGGAGUAUUCCUUUUUCUUUUUGGUCUCAAACACUCACACGUCAUACACAAAUUGCCACUUUAUUGCUCAUCUCCCACCAACCCACUCACAACUUUUCACUUUUUCUGGAUGCUUAACCUGAGCAGGACCCACCCCCUACACCUCUGGCACAGGCUCAAACAGUGUUUCUGUCUGAAAAGCAUAGCAAAACCAAGUGAAUAGGAGUUGGACAACAAGUGUUGCACCCCUCAUCUUAAUUUGUUGCUGUGACCAUUAUUAUUAUUGUUGCUGUUUUCAAAAAAACACUCUUUGGGCCAAACAGUACUGACUUGAGUGACUUAAGGCCUAGUGGUAACUGUUUCUGGAAUUGCCCAAGGCCUUCUUCCACCUUGACCUGCCCUUAGUCACAGCUUUGUUGUUAUGGCGGUUUGCAUGGCCACCUAAUCUCCAUUCAAUAUAUCCUAUGGCAAGGCCACAGGGGUCUUAUCUGAUGGAGGCUGUUGCAGUUCUGUCAAGAACUCUUUUGCUCCCGAAGCGUUUCCAUUUCCUGAACUGAACCAUGGCAGUCUUCACAAUGGGUGAGGAAUGCUGUACUGCCGGUUUGGUGUUGAGGGAGAAAGUUAACGUUCUUGCUAGUGCUUUGUCCUUUCACUUUAGGACACACUACUUCUGCCCCCCGAGUUCAAACACGGGGGCAUCAGUGUGGAGGAGCUCAGAAUUCAGACAAGUAGCCACGCCAGGUGAAGACCCAAAGCGUCAGUGUUUGCCGUGUCGAUUUUGUUCACAGAACUUGCCGUCCUGUUCUCCUGCAGUCCACAUUUUACAACGCAACCGGUCGUUGGUGCGUACGCCGAUUGGAAACCAUUCAGGAGACAUUUGACUGCAGACAAAACACUAAAGUGGGCUCGCAUUUCUUUGUAAUCUUAAAGGCCUAGAAAGGCUUGUAACCUGCUCCUAGUUUUCCAUUUUAUGUGCAUGCUUCCCUCCCCUCGCUUCCAAUUCCCACCCCUCCCCAUUGAUUCUGAGCUGCUUUGAUUGAUUGUCUGCAGCUGCAGCUGCAGCUCCGCCAGCCAGUUUUUAGAACUGGUUCCAGCAUCAAUUCUCACUUUGAAAAACAUGACAUUUAAAACCAGCUUUUUGGUUUUCCUACAUAUGGAUCUGAUGCUUGCUGUAGAGAUUGUUUUUGCUGCUUUCCUCUUGGAAUAGAAGACUCGUUUGGACACCACAUCCUCUUGACCUCAGAACACCUUUAUUUGAGUGCUGUGGUAACAGACAGGCUGGAUUUAUGAGAUAGGAUCAGUGUUAAUAGCCGAUAUUAAUAUCCCCAUUGGUUUCCUAUAGCAGAAUGCCAGUGCUGUCUACAGCAAGUCAGUUUAGAAAGGAUUAUUGCACUGUGAAUCAACACUACAUGCCUCGGGCUUUAUUUUAGGAAUUAAAAUGUGGAGUCUAAGUUCCUUAAUCACUUAGGUGCUUUUGAGUUUUUUUUGUCAACUCUUGUCUCUGUAUAAUUUGUCCUUUGGCAGGUACAUAGACCUCUAUCGAGUCUUAGAAUAAAGCACACCCAGGUUAUUUCCCCCUUCCGAUCAAAACUGCAAAGCUUGUGUGUUCUUCUUAUUUGAAAGUUCACAUACCACGUUAGUGAAGAUUGUUUCUAGGGAUAUCUCAAAAGUGGUUAAGGUGCAGUCAAAAUUAUUCAUUUCCUAAAGGAUGUCAGAAAGAAGGGGAGAAGAAAUAGAUGAUCACAUAGUGCACCCAUGACAGAACCAGAAGCAACGGGUUUAAAUUACAGGAAAGCAGAUUCAAAUUCACACAUUUGAAGAAGCCUCGUUGACUCAUGCAUAUUGUUCCUCAAUAGGACGUGCUGCCUGGGAAAGUUGAGGAAACUGCAUUCUUGGAGGUUGCCCAGUACAAUUGGGACAGGCAUCCAUUUGGGGUGUUUUUGCAUAAAAGAUGAUGCCUUAGGGUUUUGGGGUGGGUGGGGUGUAUUGGAUGAGAUUACUCCAUAGCCUUGUUCUGUGUACAUGGUUCUGUGAUUUUUUAAUUGGAAUUAGCAAACAUUUGGUAGGGGCCACAAUCAUAUUUGUACAAGAUACAUGACGUUUGCUUACAUUGCCAAAAGGUAACCCAGACGUGUGCGGGAAACCAGCAAGUCUUAGUUUUCAUGAUCAAAGGCUCCCAGGGCUUUCAUUCUUCCUUUGUUCACUGUCUUAGCUUCACAUACGACAACCGCACUGUUAUAUUGAGAAAAUUUCAGGUACCUUCUUUAUGUGCCAUCACAUGUGCUAGAUGCCUAUAUGACGUCUCCUGCAGUAGGAAGCCCAACUGAUGUCGGCUGCCCAUCGUGUGCAAACAUAGGUGUUUGUGCAUAUUUGGAUAUAUAAGUCAGUUUUGUGCACAGAAAUGAGACCCACAUAGAAAAUUUUCCCAUGUGCACCGUGGCCCAAAGUCACAUUUGGGUCAUUGCGGAGAAUUCUGAACUUGAAAUAAUCUCCUUUGCAGAUGGUAAUGUUGUUAUAAAGAAGCAAUAGCUUGUGCAACUACUUAUCUGAAUGGAUUCAAAGGCAAGGUGAUGGCUUUCAGUUUUCCAGAGGCUCAUCCUAGUUGGUCUCAGCUUCCACUAUAUCCCUUGAUCAACAAAGUAGAAGUUGAAAGGAAUUAAGGAGUUAUUACUGCAGGCUAUUUUGGGUAUGGGAUUGGUUCUAGGUGUGCUCAAUGUGCGGACACAACUGGGGUUAAUUUUGUGCAAUUCAGCCAUUCUAGUAGGUUUUGUGGAGCGUCAAGUCAUUGUAGUUCCAAUGUAUCUUUAAUUUCAAAGUGCCUAACCCACUUUUAAAGGACCUAAAUUUACUUAGGUGCUUUAGAAUAGCUUUUUGAGCAAUGUAGAUGUCCUGUGAUUUCUUGCGUCUGCUUUCUCCUGCUCAGGAUUUCUUUUUGCUGCUGAUGAGAAAAAGAGAUGAGCAUGCUAUUGUUCAAAUACUGGCAAAAUCUGAAGAAGGAGGAGCACUUGGAACCCAUGCAUGGAACGAGAUCUUGUUAUUGACACCAGCAUAUUUGGCCAUGCAUGGAACCCAACUUACAAGCACUGCAUUUUAAGUGCACUGGGCAUCCACAUUAUUCCCGGCUCUCCCCACUGGGUUGAAUAUCCUAGAAGUUUGUAAACCAGUAACAUUAACCAGUAACAUUAAGAGUUACUUAACGAUUACUCUUUGGAACUGUGAAAGAAAAGGGGUAGCCCUGAGGCUUGUUCAGCUGAGCUGAUUUUCCCUCUUGCUUGCUGAACCAAGGGAUAUUCGUUGCAGUCUUCUGUUUUCUCAUGCCACCCUACUUGCUGAUUUCCUAUUUUCAGAUGUAGACCAUGAUAUAGCAUAACUCUUUCCUCCAUUAAAAGAAACAAAAACAAAUCACAA